AUGGAGGAGAUGCUGAAAGAGAAACGUGAGGAUUGUGGCAGUCGCAGCGUGAUGCAGCUUCUCAGGGACCAGGACGUACGCUGGCAACUGGUCACUGUGCUGGUCAUAUUCACCUCCCUGCAACUAUGUGGCAUCAACGCGGUGUACUUUUACUCAUAUGAAGUAUUCCGUCAAGUGGGAAUCCGGGAACAGGACCUGCGGUACGCCUCUCUGGGAACCGGUCUGUGUGAGCUGUGUGCCUCCUCCUCUCUGUUUUUCAUCGCUCAGUUUUCAAGCAAAAGGAAUAUGCUGUUCAGAGGCUACGCGCUAAUGUCAGUGACCCUGGUCCUCCUCACCCUCACCAUGUACCUGCAGACACAUGUCUCCUGGAUGCCUUACUGCAGUAUGCUGCUGGUUUUUAUUUUCAUUUUUGCGUUUGGCAGUGGACCAUCUGGCAGCUCCACUCCGCUCCCAGGAGAGCUCUUUACUCAGCCCUACAGGUCUUCGGCCUUCGCUGUGGGGGUGACUCUGAACUGGUCUGGUCUGUUCUGUGUGGGGCUGCUCUUCCCCGUCCUCGUCAAGAAGCUGGAUUACUUCUGUUUCCUCCUGUUCCUGGCGUUCUGCAUGUCUUCGUGUUUGUAUGUGAGGUGGUUCUUUCCGGAGACCAUAAACCUCUCCCCGCUGGAAAUCGCUGAAGAGUUCAAGAAGAUUCACUCUAAAUCUAAGUCUGAGCCGACACCAGCGAGAGCGAAAACCUGCUCUGAUGGUGUGGUGGGUGUGAAUACCUGCUCUGAGGGGGUGGUUGGUGUGAAGACCUGCUCUGAGGGGGUGGUUGGUGUGAAGGCCGGCUCUGGGGGGGUCCUGUGUGAGACAGUGUUCUGA